AUUAUUUUGCUUUCUUAUAAUCCCUCAAGGGGUUUAGCUUUCAUCGGAUAAAUGAGAUGUUUUUAUUAUUAAAAAUAGUUUAGAACAGGAUGUCAAGUAGAAACAAAGCAGCAGGGAGUCAUUCGUCACUGGAAAAAAUAAGACAAGGUAGAAAAUCCUGGAAAGAAGUCACCAAAGCAGAAAAAUAUUUUUUUGAAGGAAAUACAGGAAAAGCUUUGCCUAUACUUUUCAGGUAUGAAAAUUGUGAAGCGAGGGCUAUGCUAUUUCUAGCCUACAUGUACUUUGAUGGUUACGGAGCGGUUCAAGACAUGCCGAGAGGAGUGUCGUAUUUGCAAAAAUUAAUCAAUUUUGAAAAUUACCGCUCAGGUGAAGAAGGAUUAUUAGCUAUUGCUUUGUAUCAAUACGGUGAACUUUGUUUUAAAGGGUUUGUUUUGCCUAAAGAUGAUGCUUUGGCCAAAAGGUACUGGUUGCGAGGAGCGAAAAUAAAAAAGAAUAUUUCUACGGGUGAACAUUUUUUUGGUGUAGUUCAAUGUCAAAGAGCAUUAGGCAUGUAUUACUCCAAUCCUCAGUAUUACAAUCCCAAAAAAGCAUUUAUGUGGCAUAAAAGAGCAAAAGAAUCUGGAAAUAUUGCAUCUAAAGGUAAAUGGUAUUAUUCAUAAUUUAUUUAUAUUUGUGUGAAAGAAAAAAAAAUGCUUGAUGAGGUGACCAGCUGAGUUUUAAUUUUUUGAAAAAAAGACCUUUUUUUUUACAUACUUUGUAAACUAUUCACAUUUGAGAAAAAUGAACGAUAAUCUAAAGUUCCUAAAAUACAAGAAGACACAAAGAAACAGCAGUGUUUGCAACUGAAGUGUUUAGGAAUGGCACAGAAGUUUUUAUUUUAUUUUAUUUUAUUUUAUUUUAUUUUAUUUUAUUUUAUUUUAUUUUGUUUUAUUUUAUUUUAUUGUAACAAGUGUAGAAACAGCCGAUCCAUGUUUGACAUUACAGCUAUCUCGAUUCAGUCCCAUAACCUUGUAAAAAUCCAAUCAGACGCAAUCCAAAAGACUAGGAGUGAUCCUGAAUCAAACAUUGGGGCAAUCUAGCCCUCUUGCAGAAUUUUUUAAAUCCAACUAACCAGCAUUUGCGUUGCAUGGGGUGGAAAGCACCGACAAUCUCCUCACGGUUAGCCCGAUUCUAAUCUAUCUUCCGUCUACCACUGAGGAUAUUUUACAUCAGCUUUGCUCUCUAUGCAAGCCGGGAGCUGAAUUUAUAUCGAUCAGCAGUCACUAGGGUUCAAACUCACUGAGUUCUAACUCGGGUUCUAACUCAAUGCACACAAAAGCUUUUUCUUCUUAUUUUGUAUCUGGCGUUGAACAGUCAACCUAUUUUUAGGUUUGCAAUUAGCAGUGUUAAAUGAAAUUUUUAACCCAACGCUGAAAACCAGGAGUGAUCCUGGAUCGUGCAUUGGGACAAACUUGCCACCUUGAAAGGCUUUUUGAUGAAACUAAUCAUCAUUUGCAUUACAUGAGGAAGAAAACAUUCCAAGUUUAGCCCGAAGAUGAGGAAAUUUUAAUCCACGAUACCACUGGAAAUAUCUUACGUCACUGUUCUCUGUACGAACCGGAAGCAGAAUUCAAAUCAACCAGCCAUCGCUAGG